UUUUGGGGACGGUGUCAGUUUCCACUGAGCCAUCAGCGCAGCAUUUUUCAAACGGCAAAUUUCAGACCGAACCUCUCACGGAACGUACUCUCCUACGCGUAUUUGGACUAAGAAAGGACUUAAUCAAUCGGUACUCCAGACCAUCCGCUAUCACCAAGUGCAGACUAAGCUGGAAGAAAGCGGUUUUCAUUACGAAAAUGAGCUCCGGUCUGGCUUACCCUUAUUGCAAUUGACAGCGUCUGCAGCUCUUUUCAAGAUGGCCGCUUGGCUCACAUUCAUUUUCUGCUGAUCGACUUCUAACUUUCAUUGUCUGAACACCUCCAGUUCUUGCGACCCUCACCGCAGCAAACAGGCAAGGGAUUUUCUAAGGAUAUGUAAACAUGCAUCGGACUACAAGAAUCAAGAUUACCGAGCUCAACCCCCAUCUGAUGUGUGUGCUGUGUGGUGGAUACUUCAUAGAUGCAACAACAAUCAUUGAAUGCUUGCACUCUUUUUGUAAAAUGUGCAUCGUCCGUUACUUGGAAACCAGCAAGUACUGUCCAAUCUGUGAUGUCCAGGUCCAUAAAACAAAGCCUCUCCUCAAUAUUAGGUCUGACAAAACGCUGCAAGACAUUGUGUACAAGUUGGUGCCUGGCCUCUUCAAAAAUGAGAUGAAGCGAAGGAGAGAUUUCUAUGCUGAUCACCCCUCAGUAGAUGCCACGAAUGGGUCAAAUGAGGAGCGCGGCGAGGUCGCGGACGAGGACAAGAGAAUAAUCACAGAUGACGAGAUCAUUAGUCUCUCGAUCGAGUUCUUCAACCCCAAGGCCAAAAUAAUUGGCGGUGGUGAAGACAGAGCUUCUAAAGAGGAGGUGAAUAAUAAACGAUAUCUGCAGUGUCCCGCUGCCAUGACCGUUAUGCAUCUGAGGAAGUUUUUGAGAAGUAAGAUGGACAUACCGUGUUCUUUUCAGGUUGAAGUAAUGUAUGAAGAUGAGCCCCUAAAAGAUUAUUACACAUUAAUGGAUAUUGCCUACAUCUAUACUUGGAGGAGGAAUGGGCCUCUGCCUCUGCAGUACCGGGUUCGGCCCAGCUGUAAGAAGAUGAAGAUUGCCCACCCUUCAGACGGGCCCAACAGUGCCGCCCGCUCAGAGAGCGACUCUGCCAGCGAUAAGGCCAGCAGCCCAGCUGGUGGUGCAGGAGGCCCGUCCACCUCCUCACCACUCUCCAGCCCCACGACCGCCCCUGGAGGAGCUGGAGCUGGAGCCGGGGGUAGCAACCCCAGCCUGAGCUCAGGCCCUGGGCCGAGUAAUGCUGCUGCUGCCCCUGCCGCCCCUGGUGCUGCACCACCACCACCGCCACCCGCCCACACUGCCUUCCCCCACAUGCCCAAAAACCUCAACGGCUCAUCCCUGACCUGCCCCCCGCCCAGUCGACAGUAUUCCUUCGGGAACAAAGUGCGGAAAGGCCCCCUAAACGGCUCGUCUACGUCAUCAGGAUGAUCGAACUCACCAAAUCACAAACUCUCCUCCCUCACCAACACAUCAGCUUCACCCAGCCAUAACCAGGCCUUCUGGCUGCAAGUCCUUCACCAUGCCACCGUAGCUCCAUUUUUAGACGUUUUCGUUUUAAUCGUUUUUAUUUUCUUUUUGAUUGUCAUUUAUACACGCCUAUGUAAUAUUUGUUUGUUGAACAUGGAGUGUGCGAGACAUUUCAGUGGGGAAUGUUGCUGGAUUUGUUUAGUUUCUGAUGUUGGAGUGCAGAUGCAGACUUUAGGCCCUGUUUUAGGGUUAUCGGUCAAGCAUUAGAUUGCUGGAGUAAAGCUGUACUCGAAGCAGGAAGACUGGGAGAAUCGUUUCUUUACACAAACGACUGAAGAAUAAUCUUUUUUUAUAUAUAUUUUUACUUUUUUCUGUCUUGAUUUUUUUCCUUCCUGAAGUUGAAAAUCAAAAUGUUACCUGCCUGUACCAACCAAGUGUGUAUUUCAAUGUCCAUUUUUAAUAAGCAUGAGACACUUAGCAUAGGCUGCAUUUGAAUUUAGUUUGCCUAUUUAAACAUUCCAGAUUUAUUUAGCCUGCAUUUAAAAAAAAAAGAAAUCGUGUCAAAUGCCACUUAUGCUUGAGGUUUCUAAGUUCACAAAAGUAGGUUCCUGGCAAGGGCCUCCAUUCACAAGUUGUUGAGAGCGAGCCUGAAAGUUGCAGUGUUGGACAAUUUAAAAAGGGUUGUGCUCUUGUCAGUUGCUUUACUUUUCAGCAGAGUGACCUUUCUCACUUGUAAAAUAAAACGGACGGAAGUUCAGUUUCGAAGAGGUCAACCUUAGCAACCAUGUAUAUAGUUAUAUGCAUAUUUAAUAAGCAUUGACAUCUAAUGUUCAAAGUUUAUGGACGUUUGCAGCAGAUUUCUGUGUCGCUAUGACGGUCGGAUAUCUUUUUCUCUUCAUUUGGCUGUUUUUGAUGUCUUCAGUGUUCAGCAUUUGUAUCAGUAAGUCGUAUGAACAACUGUUGUAUUGUGACUGUUCCACAGUAUAAAACAUCUAAAUAAAUCAUUUAACGCUUUGAC